UGCACCGCCCAUCUGCCGCUGGCCACGCCCUCCCGCCGCGCUGACCGGGGCCGGGGUCGGGGUCGGGGUCGGACCGGGGCCGCUCCAGCUCCCGCAUCGCCGCCAUGGCCGCCAUGCAGCAGCGCCUGGAGCGCUUCCUCCACAGCCCCGGCCCGAUCAGCGACCUGCUGGCGUUGCUGGAAGCCCGCACCGGCGUCCAACGGCUCUACCUGGCCUCAGGCUCCGUGACUUUCCUGGGGCUCUACCUCAUGUUCGGCUACGGCGCUUCCCUGCUCUGCAACAUCAUCGGCUUCGUCUACCCCGCCUACGUCUCCAUCAAAGCCAUCGAGAGCAGCAACAAGGAGGAUGACACCAUGUGGCUCACGUACUGGGUGGUCUACGGCGUCUUCAGCAUCGCCGAGUCCUUCUCCGACCUUUUCCUCUACUGGUUCCCCUUCUACUACGCCGGGAAGUGCCUGUUCCUGGUGUGGUGCAUGGCCCCGGUGCCCUGGAACGGCUCCCAGCUCAUCUACCACAGCAUCAUCCGACCCUUCUUCCUCAAGCACCACGAGGCCGUGGACAACGUGAUGGGUGGCAUCGGCACCAGGGCCCUGGACGCGGCCUCCAGUGUCACCCGAGAAGGCGUCAGAGCAUCCCUGAACCUGGCAGAGUUCGCGGAGAAGGCGAAGUAAGAGUGGCACCGGAGCCACUGGUACCGGCACCACAGCUCCGGUACUGGGAUCAGUACCAGCACCAUGCUUUCGGUACUGGUACCGGCAUCCUCCGUUCUGGCACCGAAGUCCCCCAUGCCGGCACUACAGACGCUGGUACCGGCACCAUGCUCCCGGUAUUACUACCGGCAUCCUCCGUUCUGGCACCGAAAUCCCCGAUACAGACGCCGGUACCGGCACCAUACUCCCGGUAUUGCUACCGGCAUCCUCCGUUGUGGCAUCGAAAUCCCCCGUACAGACGCCGGUACCGGCCCCGUGGCCCUGCUGACGGUACCGGCCAGGCCGGGCCGUUCCCGCCCGGGAUCCCGAGUUCCUGCAGCCCGAGUGUGUUGUACCCCAGCCCCCCAAUAAACCCCGGUGCCCCCCGA